AUGGCAAAGCGUGAGAUGCUCGACCCCAUGAUCUGCCAGGCCUGCGACACAGGUCUGGUCUCAGGAGACACUGUCUACCGCUGCGACGAGUGCGAGUUCGGAAUCAGCACUUUCUGUGAUUCGUGCCAUGGCCACGGCCAGCGCUGCUACCACGAGGUCGCGCCAGCGAAGCUGGAACCGGGCAAGGAUCUCAAGAACCAGAACAAGGACGGCGACCUCGGCUUCGGCCUCAAGUGCGAUGGCUGCAAGGCGAAGCUCAGGGAGGGAAUGCUAUGCUGGCACUGCAAGAGCUGCUUUGAGCCCAACUUCUGCAGCAAUUGCUGGAGGCGGAGCGACAAGCGCUGCAAGCAUAGCGGCCAAGGCAAGAACAAGGUCCAGCUGCGCAUGGUUGGAAAAUCCUCCACGACGACGGGAGAAGUUCUAGACGGCAUCGACAUAGUCAGUACUAUCCUCGGAGGCUGA